AUGGACUCUUCCCCAUCCUCGAGUCGCGGGCCUGAAGCCGAAGCGCCGAGGCCCGUGAUCAUGCCCAUGGGCACCCCGUGGCCGCCGUCGUACUACAUCGAGGACGGCCUGCGCCGCGUCGAGCCCUACCAUUGGACCUACAACACAUACUGCAAGGAGCGCUGGCGCGGACGCACCCUCAUCGAGGUCUUCGAGUCCGAAUUCCGCGACCGCACCACCGAAUACUACCGCACCGCCAUGGAGUCGGGCCAGAUAUUCAUUAACGGAAAGCGCGUGGGGCCCGAACACGUCCUGCGCAACGGCGAUCUCGUCUCGCACACGCUGCACCGCCACGAGCCCCCCGUCACCGCCGAGCCCAUCGGCAUCGUCCACGAGGACGACGACAUGAUUGUCAUCAACAAGCCCUCGGGCGUCCCCGUCCACCCGGCCGGCCGGUACAAGCUCAAUACGGUCAUUGAGAUCCUCAAGAGCGAGCGCGGCCCCGGCUUUAUGCCCUAUCCGUGCAACCGUCUCGACCGUCUGACGAGCGGCGUCAUGUUUGUCGCAAAGAGCGUCCACGCCGCCGAGGCGCUGACUCGCAAGAUCAAGCAGCGCACGGUGCGCAAGGAGUACAUUGCGCGCGUCAUGGGCGAGUUCCCCGACGGCGAGGUCGUUUGCGACCAGCCCAUCCUGCAGAUCUCGCCAAAGCUUGGCCUGAAUCGCGUCCGCGCCGAUGGUAAGACGGCGCGCACCGUCUUCAAGAAGCUGGCCUACUACCCGGCGCCGGGAUACUCGGUGGUGCGCUGCCUGCCGGUGACGGGGCGGACGCAUCAGAUCCGGGUACACCUGCAGUACCUGGGUCACCCGAUCCAGAACGACCCCAUCUAUGCCAACCAGCGCGUCUGGGGACUGGAGCUGGGCCGCGCGGACGCCGAAGGGACGGCGACGACGGACGAGGACGUCAUCAGCCGGCUGUCGCGGAUGGGCAAGCAAGAGGUGGCGCAGGCCGUUGUCUACUACGACGAGAUGGUGGACCAGUACGAAAAGCGACGGGCGGAGAAGAUGACGGGCGAGCUGUGCGGCGAGUGCGAGACGCCGCUCUACUCGGACCCGGGCGCGCACGAGCUGUCGCUGUGGCUGCACAGCCUGCGGUACGAGGACGUCGAGGGCAGCUGGUCGUACGUGAGCCAGCUGCCGGCGUGGGCGCUGCCGCCGGAGGGUGUGGAAGGGCCGACGACGGUGGGAGGGAUGCAGGAGCUGGUGGAGGCGGCGCGAGAGGACGAGGGCGAGGAUCCGGACAUGGCCGGGAAGCAGGCGAGGCCCGCCGAGGUAGCGGCGCGCACUGAAGCAGCGAAGCCCGCAGGCGCAGUGGGGGAGGAGGAGGAGGAGGAGGUGCCGCAGCAGCUGGAGAGGGGAGGGGAAACAAGGGAGGUGUGA